AAAGCCCAGAAAUAUUUAAAAAGAUAAAUUACUUUUUAUUCUCUAUAAUUCUUCUCUCUUUAUUUUCCGCUACUGCUCUCUCUCUACAGCACAAGCCCUUUUCAAGAAAACCCUUAUUAUUAUGUAGUUUUCUCUCUGUUCAUGAUCACUCCCCUUGAUCAGCAGUUAUAGAAUUCGGAUUGUGGAUAUACAUAUAUAUAUAUAGGAUUAUGAGUACUACUGCUAAAGUGGGUGGCAGCAGCACGGCGGCCGGAGGUGGAGGAAGCAGCAGUGGGAGCGGUGGCGGUGGCGGUGGUGGAGGAGGUGGUGGGGGGCCAUGUGGAGCAUGCAAGUUCUUGAGGAGGAAGUGUGUGGCUGGCUGCAUAUUCGCGCCGUAUUUCGACUCGGAGCAAGGUGCGGCGCAUUUCGCGGCAGUGCACAAGGUGUUUGGAGCCAGCAAUGUGUCGAAACUCCUCCACCACAUCCCGGUCCAGAAGCGGCUCGACGCGGUGGUCACCAUUUGUUACGAGGCUCAGUCCCGCCUCAGAGACCCCAUCUACGGCUGUGUGGCUCACAUAUUUGCUCUUCAACAGCAGGUGGUGAAUCUGCAAACAGAACUCUCCUACUUACAAGCCCACCUCGCGGCUCUGGAGCUUCCAACUCCGCCACCAGCAACGCCGCAGCACCAGCCGCAGCCUUGUGAAUCCGAGUCAUAA